UGGCUCUAGAAGCAAGAAAAUUCUAUGUAACCUAGAUGGCGCUGUGAAAUUCUUUCUUUAAUUGUUCGGGAAGUUGUAAAGUAUAUAGGUGGUGAUUGUGGUGAAGCCACUGAAGAUUAGAAAAUGGCAAAGACAAAGAACCAUACCAAUCACAAUCAGAACCGUAAGGAUCACCGCAAUGGUAUUUACAAGGCCAAACGAGAGAGGAAGCCUUCCAUGAAAGGAGUUGAUCCCAAGUUUUUGAGGAAUUUGCGAUUUGCUCGUAAACAUAACAAGAAGCCUCACAAACAGCAGCCAAAAAGUACAUAAAUGAUUGUAACUUUCAAGAUCAGAAUUCUGUACAAAUAAAAUCUCCAUUGUAAAUGGUGUUCCUUGUCCUGAAAAGUUGUCUUUUAAGUCAUGUAUUAAAAAUGUUUACAUUUAGUCUUUAAACAUUUGUAAUGUUUGUAACAUAAGGUACAAAACAAAUUCACAAUUUAAGUGAGCUAAAGUUUGUGUAAUAGAUGGCAGUAUCCAAUUAGCUUAAUGAUGUAAUUGAUACCUAAAAGUAUAAACAUUGAAGAAGAAAUACUAUAAAUAAGAAUUAAGAGUACCAGUGUAACAACAUUUGAAGUUUCAAAUAGUAAUGUCAUUACGGUAUGAAAGAAGUAAUAAAAUCAAUGUUUUCUUUA